CGGCGGGGUGGUCGCGGCGCGCGGCGCCCGCUCAGGAUGUCGCGCAAGGUGCCCCGCGCGGAGGUGUGCGCCGACUGCAGCGCCCCAGACCCUGGCUGGGCGUCAAUCAAUCGCGGAGUGUUGGUCUGCGACGAAUGUUGCAGCGUCCAUCGCAGUCUGGGGCGCCACAUCUCCAUCGUCAAGCACCUUCGGCAUAGCCCUUGGUCUGCCACCUUGUUGCAGAUGGUGCACACCCUCGCGAGUAACGGGGCCAAUUCUAUAUGGGAACACUCGCUGCUUGAUCCGGCGCAGGUCCAGAGCGGGAAGCGUAAGGCUAACCCGCAGGAUAAAGUCCACCCCACCAAGUCCGAAUUCAUCCGUGCCAAAUACCAGAUGCUGGCCUUUGUCCACAAACUCCCGUGCCGGGACGACGACGGCGUCACCGCCAAGGAUCUCAGCAAGCAACUGCAUUCAAGUGUCCGGACGGGGAACCUGGAGACCUGCUUGCGUCUUCUUUCCCUGGGCGCCCAGGCCAACUUCUUCCACCCGGAGAAAGGGACGACACCCCUUCACGUUGCUGCUAAGGCGGGGCAGAUCCUCCAGGCAGAGCUGCUCGUCGUCUAUGGGGCGGACCCCGGGGCGCCUGACGUGAACGGACGCAGCCCCAUCGAUUACGCCAGGCAGGCGUCUCAGCACGAACUGGCCGAGCGCCUGGUGGAAUGCCAGUACGAGCUGACGGACAGGCUGGCUUUCUACCUUUGUGGGCGAAAGCCGGACCACAAGAAUGGGCACUACAUCAUCCCGCAAAUGGCAGACAGAGUGCGCCCAAAAUGCAUGUCUCAAAGCCUGGACCUCUCUGAGCUUGCCAAGGCAGCCAAGAAGAAACUGCAGGCGCUAAGCAACCGUCUCUUUGAGGAACUCGCAAUGGACGUCUACGAUGAAGUGGAUCGCCGGGAGAAUGAUGCAGUCUGGCUCACGACGCAGAACCACAGCACCUUGGUGACGGAGCGCAGCGCAGUCCCCUUCCUUCCCGUGAACCCUGAAUAUUCUGCAACGCGCAAUCAGGGACGGCAGAAACUUGCCCGCUUCAAUGCCCGGGAAUUUGCCACCCUCAUCAUCGAUAUCUUAAGCGAGGCGAAACGUCGGCAGCAGGGCAAAAGCCUCUCCAGCCCCACAGAGAUCCUCGACUCCUCCCUCCACGGGCACAGCGACCUCGACGACCAACACGACUACGACAGCGUUGCCUCAGACGAGGACACGGACCAGGAGCCCCUCCGCAGCGCCAACGCAGGGCGCAAUAACCGCGCUCGGAGCAUGGAUUCCUCGGACCUCUCCGACGGUCCCAUCACGCUGCAGGAGUACCUGGAGGUCAAGAAGGCGCUGGCCGCCUCCGAAGCAAAAGUGCAGCAGCUGAUGAAAGUCAACAACAGCCUGAGCGACGAACUGAGGCGGCUGCAGAGAGAGAUCCACAAGCUGCAGGCGGAGAACAUGCAGAUUCGCCAGCAGGUGGGGCCCGUCCACCCGGCGGCAGCGCCACCCCCCAGCGAGCGCCCCGACCACAGCCACGUGGCCUCCGCGGCCACGGGAGCCCACCGCCGGGACCGCCACGCCUUCUCCAUGUACGAGCCGGGCACCGGGGCCCUCAAGCCCUUUGGCCAGCAGCCGAUGGACGACCUCGUCACCCGCCUUUCCACCCCAUUCCACCCCGGGGAGGUGGAUGAGGAAGCCUUGUAUUCCAUCCACAACCAGGCCAGCAUCUACCGGAUGCGGAAGGGGGGCUCCAUCUCCUCGAUGCCAUUCCCUCCGUCUUCUCCCCUCUUGUCCUGCGCUCCGGAGAGCGGACGUCACAUGACUGGAAAACUGGACCGACACGGCAGCGGCACAGACAGCGAUUAUGACAACACGCAGGGCGGGGAUCUGCCCCUCAGCAUGGACGGGAAGCGCUUGCUGGACCUCAGCAAGGAUGAUGACUUGCACCCAGAACCUGAACCACUGGAAGGUGACCUGGACCCGGGCCUGCCCAGCACGGAAGACGUCAUUCUCAAGACGGAACAGGUCACAAAGAAUAUCCAGGAGCUCCUCCGAGCUGCCCAGGAGUUCAAGCACGACAGCUUCGUCCCCUGUUCAGAGAAGAUUCACGCUGCCGUCACGGAAAUGGCGUCACUUUUCCCCAAGAAGCCGGCUCUGGAGACGGUGCGCAGCUCCUUGCGCCUGCUGAACGCCAGCGCCUACCGCCUGCAGAGCGAGUGCCGCAAGACGGUCCCCCCGGAGCCGGGGGCCCCCGUGGACUACCAGCUCCUGACCCAGCAGGUCAUUCAGUGUGCCUACGACAUCGCCAAGGCCGCCAAGCAGCUGGUCACCAUCACCACCCGCGAGAAGAAGCAGUGAAGGGCGGGCAGGCGGAGGGCGGGCGGGCGAGGCUGGCGCAGCCCCAGUUCCUCCCUUCCCCGCUGGAGGAUUUUUGGGGAUGGGCCGUGCAGCCACCUGGAAGUGUCCUUUCCCCCACCCGCCUCCUCCCUGGCAAUCGGCCCACCUGCCCAGGCUGGGUUGGAUCAAUGCUCCCCACUGCAGCUUGCAGGGGGGGGCAGGAUCAGGGCCCUAUAUGGCACACGCCCCAUGGCACUGGGGUGCCUGCGCAGUGAAGAAAACUCCCCCUGUAAAUAUUCCCAUCUCCCCAUCCUUUGGCACAAGGGGGGGGGAUACCUGUGGCGUUCAAGAUGUGGCUUCAUUUCAGCUCUCAGCUUCCGGGAGGAAGCAGGCCAUAGAGCCCCCGCCUUGCAUGCAGAAGGUCCUGGGUUCAAGCCCCAACGGCACCUCCAGGCAGGGCUGGGAGAGCCCCCUUGCCUGAAACCCUGUUGGUCAGUGGAGACAGUCCUGGGUGAACAAAUGGCUUGGACUUGGUCUAAGGCAACUUCCUUCGUUCUCCUCCAGCGACAUCUGGAGGGCCACAGAUUCCCCCCCCUGCGGCAAUUCCAGAUGUUGCCGGACUAUUGCGUUCAUCAUCAUCAUCACAAUCAACUCCGCCUGCGCUGUCUGCUCGGGGCGGUUGCGAGUUCAAGUCUAGAACCCCCUAGCCGGAGAGGGGCCGCACAUGCUCCCCAGCCUCGCCUUCCGACAGGGACGGCUAACCUGUGGGCAGCUCUGGGGCACUGCAGGGCUUUUUAAAGAAUCACUACGGAGUUGGGAGGGGGUUCCCAAAGUUCAUGUAGCCCAACCCCCGGAAGGCAGGAAUCGCAGCCCAUUGACCCAAGUCUGCUCCAGAGGCAGAUGGAAGUGACACAUCCAGACACACCUGGAGGGCUGCAGGUUAGCUUUUCCUGUCCUUUUUUAGCGGGGCGGGGGUCCUCCUGAAGGGAGUCAAAUCUAUCCCCCCCCCUGCAAACACCACUCCUCCUUCUUCUUCUUCCUCCUCCUCCUCCUCCUCCCCACCUUCCCAUAUAGUGCGUGGAACUGUAUGUGUCCCAUUCCAGACCCGCCUGACCACGCACCUAUAUAUAUAUAUGUAUAGAGAGAUAUAUAAACACCAAAUGUAUUUAUCUCACAUGUUUCCCUCCCCUAAUAGUGUUAACACUGGAAUUACAACGUCUAGGUGCUGUGGGUCGGGCAUCAUUCCCCCCCCC